CGUGGACGUGUAACCUUCGCCACUCGCCAAGAAGAACCAAGUGAGCUCCGAGGAAGCUCCUACUUACAUUCAACGCACAACGCGAGUCUCGAACUCACUCUCUCUCUUUCACACACACACACUCUUCCUCUUUCCGCAUAUGGCUCUCAUCUCCGACACCCAGCCAUGGAAGGACCUCAAGGCACAUGUGGACGACAUCAACCAAACGCAUCUACGCGAUCUAUUGACCGACGAUAACCGGUGCCAGUCCAUGCUGGUUGACUUCGAUGACAUUCUGCUCGACUAUUCGAGGCAACAAGCCACUCCUGAAACUAUCCAGAAGCUCUUUCAAUUAGCAGAGGCUGCAUCGCUCAAAGAAAAGAUUAACCGCAUGUACAGCGGGGAACAUAUAAACAGCACGGAAGAUAGGUCAGUGCUUCACGUGGCCCUUCGUGCUUCAAGGGAUGCUGUCAUACAGAGUGAUGGGAAGAAUGUUGUCCCUGAAGUUUGGAAAGUUCUUGACCAGAUUCAGGAGUUCUCUGAGCGGGUUCGCAAUGGUUCUUGGGUUGGUGCUACAGGGAAGCCUUUGAAGGACGUUGUUGCAAUUGGUAUUGGGGGAAGCUUCUUAGGUCCCCUGUUUGUACACACUGCUCUUCAAACGGACCCUGAAGCUAUUGAAUCCGCAAGGGGUCGUCAGCUGCGCUUUCUUGCAAAUGUUGAUCCUAUUGACGUUGCUAGAAAUAUCACAGGAUUAAAUCCUGAAACAACUCUUGUUGUGGUUGUUUCAAAGACUUUUACAACAGCUGAAACCAUGCUGAAUGCACGAACUCUUAGAGAAUGGAUUUCAUCUGCACUUGGGCCCUCUGCAGUUGCAAAGCAUAUGGUGGCUGUUAGCACAAAUCUCACGCUUGUGGAAAAGUUUGGAAUUGAUCCUAACAAUGCUUUUGCAUUUUGGGAUUGGGUCGGUGGCCGGUAUAGUGUUUGCAGCGCUGUUGGGGUUUUGCCAUUAUCUCUACAAUACGGUUUCUCAGUAAUAGAGAAGUUUUUAAGGGGUGCUUCAAGCAUUGAUCAACAUUUCUAUUCACAGCCAUUUGAAAAGAAUAUACCUGUGCUUCUGGGUUUGUUGAGCAUAUGGAAUGUUUCAUUUCUUGGAUAUCCUGCCAGAGCCAUCUUACCUUAUAGCCAAGCUCUGGAGAAGUUUGCCCCACACAUUCAACAGGUUAGCAUGGAAAGUAACGGCAAGGGUGUUUCAAUUGAUGGUGUUCCUCUACCAUUUGAGGCUGGUGAAAUUGAUUUUGGUGAACCAGGAACUAAUGGGCAGCAUAGCUUUUAUCAGCUCAUACAUCAGGGGCGUGUAAUUCCUUGCGAUUUUAUUGGAGUUGUGAAAAGUCAGCAACCUGUCUUUCUGAAAGGUGAAGUGGUGAGUAACCAUGACGAGCUAAUGUCCAACUUUUUUGCACAGCCUGAUGCCCUUGCAUAUGGGAAGACAGCAGACCAGCUGCAAAAGGAGAAUGUUUCCCCACACCUUAUUUCUCACAAGACAUUCAGUGGCAAUCGACCUUCUCUCAGCCUACUGCUUCCAUCAUUGAAUGCUUACAAUAUUGGGCAGUUGUUGGCAAUCUAUGAACACAGAAUUGCUGUCGAGGGCUUCAUUUGGGGAAUCAAUUCUUUUGAUCAGUGGGGAGUAGAGCUGGGGAAGUCACUGGCUACUCAAGUCAGAAAGCAACUUAAUGCAUCUCGUACUAAAGGUGAACCAGUUCAGGGCUUUAAUUUCAGUACUUCAACAAUGUUGACAAGAUAUCUUCAGGCAAGUUCAGAUGUCCCAGCAGAUCUGCCAACUGCUUUACCGAAGAUAUAGAGUACCUUUUUGCCGUUUGUUAUUUUGAUGCUGAAUUAAUAAGGAAAUAAUCGGGUGAAUCCUAUAUGUUAUGUAUAUACUAUAUACAGCAUGCCUACGGACAAUUUUAUUUUUCUCUCUCUUUUUUCUGGUGUUUUAACUUGUUUAGCACGAUACUUGGAUAUCCUAUUUUAUUUUUUCUCUAGCCGUUGAGUUAUCUCCUGAUGAGAAAAGAGAAAAGUGAAAAGCAUUUUGGAUUCUAA